GCGCAGUCAGUAGAGCGGUGCCGCUGGAGAGCCCGAACGUCGAGCGCAGCCUCCGGCUUUUUCAACGACGACGACGACCAAAAACAACAACAAAAAACCCGGGACGCGUCACGUUUUUUUUAUUUUUAUUUAUUUAUAUUUGUAUUUAUUCAGUUCUCGUCGCGUCGUCGCCUCGAACAGGAUGUAACUUGCGGGCGCGAGCUGAAGUACAUUCAUGCAUUUGGAAGGAGCCGGGAGCGAGUGCGCGCAGACGAGACGCCGAGCUGUUUUGGCGAAUGGAACUUAUUGCCGUGCGUUUGUUUUGACUAUGGACUAUUUAUCCCCAAGCGGCUCCGGGUCCAGUCCCUCUCUGUCCGUCGUCGACCCUUGAUUUUUUUUUUUUGGGGGGGGUGGGGGAUUUACAUCCGAAUAGUUUUUAAAGGGAAAACGCCGAAGGAGGAUUCUGCAAGAGCCAGCGAGCUUCUCCCCCCCCCCUACAGAGCCGGGGAUUUAAAUCGUCAUUUGGUGGUGCUCCGAGACCGAGGCGAGAGUCAAAAGAAAAGAAAUCCAUGUGGCCAUUCUCUCUAUAGCCAAACAUUUUUUUGGGGGGGGAUUGCAUAAUGAGCAAGGGAAGACCUAAGAGGAAUAUCAUUCAAAAGAAAUACGAUGACAGUGAUGGGAUCCCGUGGUCAGAGGAGCGGGUUAUGCGAAAAGUGCUUUACUUGUCCCUAAAGGAGUUUAGGAGCGCACAGAAACGGCAGCUCGACGGUGAUGGACCCCCAAACUCCAAUGGUUCACUCGCCAAUGGGCAGCUGAACGGCUCGGGGUCAAAGGGCAGUCACAAAGAAGAUGGGUCCCUGCGCUCUCAGGGCCAUGGGAGUCGGGAGUACAAUGAGGACGGUCCUCCAAAGAAAAGACCUCGGCUCCAGGCCCAGAGGAAGUUUGCCCAGUCGCAGCCCAACUCGCCCAGCACCACACCCGUCAAGGUGGCCGACCCGGGCAGCCUGAACACCGCCGUGGCCACUGUGCCCUCAACAUCCCUGUCAUCGCUCUCCUCCUCAUCCCUUUCCUUGUCCAUUCAGGAGCUGUCCCGACGCAAGCCCAAGACGGAGGACUUUCUCACCUUCCUUUGCCUCAGAGGUUCCUCGGCCCUGCCCAGCAACAUGGCCUACUUCGGGAGCUCCCAGGAGGAGGAGGACCUGGUGGACGAGGAGGAGGAGGAAGACGCGGAGGAGACGAGGAACGGAGGUGGCAUCCACUCUCAAGGUGGGGGAGGCAACAGCCAAGUGUCGGCCUCCUCCUCCUCCUGCCACUCGACGCCCCGCAAGGGAAAGCUCCCCGCCAGGCAGCCGCUCAACGGGCACGUCUUCAACAGCCACGGUAAAGCAGGGACGCGGGAGAGUCCGAGGCCCAAGGCAGGAACUCACGGCAGGGACGCGCCAGCCCCGCCACUGCCGCCUCCACCUCCGCCGCCUCCGCCCCUACUGAGGGAGCGCAGCGAGCGGGCGGAGGCCCGGGAGCACGCCAGGCAGCAGGCCCUGGCCAGCACCCGGGGCUCCGCCAACGGGCUGCUACCGAGGAGAGCUGCCGACGAGCUGCGCAAACAGGUCUCUAAAGUGAACGGGCUGACGCGGGCGGGCUCGGCGCAGGCUGUCGGCGGGACCAAGAAGAGCCGCGACUUCCGACUGCCGUCCAAAACUGUGAAGAAGUACACAGCCACCGUGUCCAAGGGCCACGUCACCUACACCAAAGCCAAACAGAGAGAACUGGGCAAGAAAACCAAACUCAGCAGCAGCAACAAACACAACAGCGCCGCCUCGCCACCAUCGCCGGCGAACAAUCACAAUCAGCACAGCCAGCCAGCAGCCAGCAAUGGGCUGGCUAACUCAGGAAAAGCAGCGGCACCAGCUCACCACAGCAAUGCAAAAACCCGCAAACAGGUGCUACUAUCUACUAACGGGCUGCACAACGUGGCUGCCAUCGCCCGCCUCAACGGCAGGCUGAAUGGGCAACGGUACAACCCCCCGGCCAAGGAGGACGGCCAGAGACAGUGCCAGCAGGGGGAGGGCCCGGGUCGAGAGGGGCUGCGUAACUCCAAGCGGCGCCUGGAGGUGGUCCUCAAUUCUGUGGGGGCCGGGGUUGUCGAGCAAAAAGCCCAAAACGCCGGCAUUGAGGCCAAGAAGGCCAAGCUCCAACCCGCUCCUCUGGAGACGCGCAGCAAGAAGGCGGCCAAUCAGGAGAAAGCUGCCACACAAACCGCCGCCCCAGUUUCUAACGGACAUGAAUCAGACGCCUCCCCUUCUCCCGAGCAAACUCCACCUGUUACCCCACCUCCAGCUCUUUCUGCCUCUCCUCAACAAGCCCCGACUCCCAACACACCAGCAGCCAACGCGGAGCCGGUGAACCAGCGACCCAAGCGGGCGUCAGCCGGCAAGCUGAUGUUGAUUCGACAAGCACAGCAGCAGCAGAGCAGGUCUCACGGUCGGAACUCCUCCUCCUCCUCCUCCACCUCCUCCUCCCCCUCGUCGGGCCCGAAUCACCCACAGAACCCCAGUCGUGCCAACUCUACCUCAGACCCCCAACAAACCUCUGUGUGCUCCUCCAACACCUCCUCUCUGCUUACCUCCACCAACAACCCCGGGCCGCUCAAACCAGCAGCUUUUCGGCCUGCCGACCGAGAGAAGGAGUGGGAGCGUGAAAAAGAGAUGGCACGCCAGAAGGAGCGCGGGCAAGAGCGGGAGUGGGAGCGCCAGAGGAGCAGGCCCGAGGGGUGGGUGGCUCUGGGCGAGGUCCCCGUCUUCCAGCCGGUGCCGCGGGAGUUCCAGGACCCCCUGGUCUACCUGGACGCGGUGAGGGAACAGGCUGAGGUGGCGGGGAUGUGCCGCGUGGUCCCGCCGGCAGACUGGAGGCCAGAGUGCAAGCUGAGCGAGGAGAUGCGCUUCGUCACGCAGCUGCAGAGGGUCCACAUGCUGGGCCGGCGCUGGGGCCCCAACGUGCAGCGGCUAGCCUGCAUUCGCAAGCACCUCAAAUCUCAGGGCAUUACCAUGGAUGAGCCACCGGUCAUUGGCGGCUGUGAAGUGGACCUGUCACGUUUUUUCCAGCUCAUCAACGACAUGGGCGGCAUGCAGCAGGUGAUGGACCUGAAGAAGUGGACCAAGCUAGCCGACCUUCUGCGCAUCCCGAAGUCGGCGCAGGACCGGCUGGCCAAGCUGCAGGAGGCGUAUCUGCAGUACAUCCUCUCCUAUGACUCGCUCAGCGCCGAGGAGCGCUUGAGACUGCUGGCCGAAGUGCUGCAGGAGAAAAAGAACCUGGAGUCGCGCCGGGGCCCUCUGGAGGGUCUCUCGGACUCCUCGGCACCUAGUGCGCUGGUGCUGCCGCGCUACGAGCCCAAGAACGGGCUGGUGGGUGGAAUCGUGGGAGGGGCGACGGGGAACCACCACAGCAAUGGAGUGUAUCAUCGUCUGAAGGAGCUGGAGGCUCAGGUCAAAGCGGGCCGUCGCCGGCUCUUCGCUCAGGAAAAACAAGGCAAAGAGGACAGGCAGCAUGAAGAGGAGCCGCAGCAGCCGCAGCCGCAGCAGGAGGAAGACACGGGCGUUCUCAGUGACCAGCACAAAUGUAUAAACAAGGGGAAAUCGGUGUCUUUGACUAACUUCUUCAGGAUAGCCCGGAACACCAUGACCAUGUGCUUCAACAAGGAACCAGGGGCUGCUGAUGUUGAGGAAGAGUACUGGAGGAUUGUGGAGCAGAGAGACAGCCAUGUGGCAGUGCAUUGUGGGAAGGUGGACACUAGCACACAUGGCAGUGGAUUCCCGACAGGAAAGUCAGAGCCAUUUUCAAAACAUGGAUGGAACCUCACUGUCCUUCCUAAUAACUAUGGAUCCAUUCUGAGGCAUCUGGGUGCUGUGCCUGGGGUGACCAUUCCCUGGCUUAACAUUGGCAUGGUCUUUUCUACCUCAUGCUGGUCUCGAGACCAGAAUCGCCUUCCAUUUAUUGAUUACUUACACACUGGUGCUGAUUGCAUUUGGUAUUCUGUCCCUGCUGAGGAGAAGGUUAAGCUGGACAAGGUGGUUCAUACACUGCUUCAGGCUAAUGGCACCCCAGGACUAGAAAUGUUGGAGAAGAACAUCAUGAUCUCUCCAGAGGUGCUGUGCCGUGAAGGCAUCAAGGUUUACCGUACGGUGCAGCGGAGCGGCCAGUUUGUCGUCUGCUACCCCGGUGCCUUUGUCUCUAAAGUGUGCUGUGGCUACAGCGUGUCAGAGACGGUGCACUUCGCCACACCGCACUGGAUGAACCUGGGUUACCAGGCCGCAAAGGACCUCAAAUGUCGCCGCAUAGCCAAACCCUUUUCCAUGGAGAAGCUGCUGUACCAGAUCGCUGCAGCUGAAUCCAAGAGGGACAACGGCCUUCUCCUCACCACCAUCUCCGCUCUACUCAAAGACCUCAGGAACAUAGAGAUGCGCCAACGACAGGAACUUUACAAGGCGGGUUUGCUCUCCUCCGCCCGCUACGGCACCCAUGACGGCAGCCUGGGCCCCGGGGAGGGACGCAAGAAGCCUCGAGGGAAAUGGCUGGCCCUUGAGUCCUCCGAGAGACGCUGCCAGAUCUGUCAGCAUCUGUGCUACCUGUCCAUGGUGGUUCAGGAGACGGAUAACGUGGUCUUCUGUCUGGAGUGUGCCCUGCGUUAUGUGGAGAAGCACAAGUCCUGCAGAGGCCUCAAGAUGAUGUACCGAUACGAUGAGAAGCAAAUCAACAGUCUGGUGACCCAGGUGUGUGCCGGGCCCAUUUUAAAGAACGCGCCGGGGGGUGUGUUCUCCACUCCAGUAGGGGGGGACGCUUCCCACGCCUUCAGCCCCGCAAAAGCUUCCCCACCCAAGGGAGCCCCCGAAAAGCGCCCCCCGGUGGAGGUGCCACCCUUUUCCUCCACCCACAUACCCAAGGCUGUUGUUGAUUUCUAG